UCUGCCGCCCUUUGGGCCUGAAACCCAGGAGCCCAGAGCCCCACGCCCUCGGCUCCCGGUCCCCGGCUCCGGCCCCGGGCCCGGGCCCGGGCCCGCCCAGAGAGCGGCGGGCUACAGGGUCCCCAAGCCCUUGGCUGCCGGCCCUCAGCUCCCGCCCCUGGCCCGCUCCGCGUACUCUCUGGGUCCCGCGGGCUCCGCGAAGGGAGGUGGGGAGGCUGGGCCGGGGGCGGGGCGGCGGCCGCGGCCGUGAGCCCGCCCCCCGCUCGCCCUCCGCUGACCGGCUGGCGCGACCAUGGAGGUCUACAUCCCGUCCUUUCGCUACGAGGAGAGUGACCUGGAACGGGGAUACACGGUAUUUAAGAUAGAAGUGCUAAUGAAUGGAAGAAAACAUUUUGUUGAAAAAAGGUACAGCGAAUUUCAUGCCCUGCACAAAAAGCUUAAGAAAUGUAUUAAAACUCCAGAAAUCCCUUCCAAACAUGUUCGGAACUGGGUCCCAAAAGUCUUGGAACAACGACGACAAGGUUUGGAAACAUAUUUACAGGCUGUCAUUCUAGAAAAUGAAGAACUUCCCAAACUGUUUCUUGAUUUCCUAAAUGUGCGACAUUUGCCCUCUCUACCAAAGGCAGAGAGCUGUGGAUCUUUUGAUGAGACAGAAUCUGAAGAGUCAAGCAAACUGUCCCACCAGCCGGUGCUGCUGUUCCUCAGGGAUCCAUACGUCUUGCCUGCAGCCAGCGAUUUUCCAAAUGUGGUUAUUGAAGGAGUUCUCCAUGGGAUAUUUUACCCUCAUCUACAGCCCAGGAAAUAGAAACCACAAUAGGUAUUUUAAGCAGCAUGGAAUAAUAAGAAGCAGUGCUUACAGAAUCUUUUGGAAGGAUGAGGGGAAUGAACUCCUGGUGGGUCACUUCCAGAAUGCUCCAGCAAUUUCCAAUACCCGCCUGCCAGGGGAGCUACAGCCUCUGUCUUUAGCAGGAAUUCAGGGAGCUGGGAGGCUGCUACUGAAGGUAUUGAAGUCAAAAACAGUACAUGUAGCUUCGAUCCAGGGAUCAGCACGUAGGAUCAGGAGGUAACUUACCACCAUAACUACCUCAUGGCAGCACCGAGGAAGCUGGUGACUGGGCACUAGAACAAAGUGUUCAGCUGUCACCACCUACACCACAGUUGCCUCUCAACGCCCAUGACUUUGCUUGUCAGCAACUGCAGCCUAAAGCAGCAGGAAGAUGGUAUUCACCCGCUUCCAUCUUUUACAGCUCAUGAAAGCACAUGCAAUUGGAAGAACCUUAUUCUUGAUCCCCAGCUUCAAGGGAGUCUGGGAAGGAGUUGGAACUUUCUGGUCUCAGCACCUCAGAAAUGCACAUUGGAAAGAGGAUGGAAUAUAUUUCCACAGUCAAAAUUUUAAUAAAAACAUAUGAAAGGAUAUAUAAAAAGAAAAGUCUUCUGCCAUCCUGUCUCCUAGAUUCCCAGUUCCCCUGCCAGAGACAACCACUGUUCUUGGUUUACAUGUAUACUUCCAGAGAUAUUUCGUCCACGUGUGAGCAAAUAAUGUAUAUUUAGUGUACAUAUAUUCCGUUUCCCCUUUUUUAUGAAACAUGGAUAUUUCAAAGCAUGGAUUCAUAGCCAAUAAAGAAGUAAAGAGUAGAGGGAAGAAAACAGAAUAAAGAAGAGGAAAAGAAAUCCUCUUACCACUUAAGCCAGCAUAUGGGGACAUCCCUCACACUCCCUUAUCCCCCAGUUCUUGGAUUUGAUGGUUUGCCUGGCGCUGAUCUCAGAAUGUCCCUCAGUUGCUGUUGUAUGCAGAGUCUUUCUCAGGCCUAACCUCCAUCACCUGGCCAAUUUGCGUAUGGCAGCCCUGGUGUCCGUUCUCCUGGUGUCCUCCUCCUCUCCCCCAUUUCAGAGAGCGGGCCAUGUAUACAAAUGGCACCCAUAACACUGUGACUAUCCCCACAUGGUAAAUUCUUCAGUCAUUUCACUUUGAAAAGUAUAGAAAUCUCAAGAUCACAGUUUAGGAAUAACAAAUGGCUUUCAUCUCAUCUGUCAACUCUGAUCAAUUGAUAAUGGCUCAUAAAGCACUCAGGUAAGGAUUCUGACACACCGAUUUGAGUGGAUACUAUCCAAAGAAAGCAGAAAAUAACAAGUGUUGACGAGGAUGUGAAGACUUUGAAACCUUUAUACAUUGCUGGUAGGAAGUAAAAUAGUGCAGCCUCUGUGGAAAAUGGUAUGGCAGUUCUUAAAAAAAAUUAAACAUAAAAUUACCACAUGAUUUAGCAAUUCCACUUCUGGAUAUAUACCCAAAAGAAGUGAAAGCAGGGACUCGAACAGUUAUUUCUACACCCAAGUUUUUGACAGCAUUAUUCACAACCAAAAGGUGGAAGCAAUCCAAGUGUCCACUGAUGGAUGAAUGGAUAAAGUGUGGCUAUACUUCAGCCUUAAAAAGGAAGGAAAUUCUGACACCUGCCACAACAUGGAUAAAUCUUGAAGACAUUAUGCCAAGUGAAAUAAGCCAGUCACAAAAGGAUGACUACUGUAUGAUUCCACUUAUUUGAGGUACCUAGAAUAGUCAAACUCAUGGAAACAGAAAAUAGAGUGGUGGUUGCCAGGGGCUUGGGGGAGGGGAAAAUGGGGAAUUAGCGUUCAGUGGGUUUCAGCUGGGGAAGAUGAGAAAGUUCUGAAGAUGGAUGGUGAUGGUUGCACAACAGUGUGAGUGUACUUUAUGCCUCUGAACUAUACACGUAAAAAAUGGUAAAUUUUAUGUCGUGUAAUUUUACUACAAUUUUUAAAAAAAGGUUUUUUAAGAAAAGGAUUUUGAGUGAAUACAGGCUCAGUGAGUAAGAGUAUAGCAACCAAUUAGUGAUAUUUGUCUAGGGUGCAAGAGGAGUUUGGGCAAACACACCAGGUACUAUUCUCGUAUCCCUGGCAACCUCUGAGAUUCUAAAACAAUAGUUCCAAACCAGAGAUGUGCAUCAGAAUCACCUAAAACUCUGAAUCAAUAAAUCUGGGCUGGGGUCUGUCCUUGGGUACUUAGGGAAACUUCUCAGUUGAUUCUGAUACACACAUAGGUUAGGAACCACUGUUUGAGGGAUGUGAGGAACCACUGUUUGAGGGAUGUGAGAGAUGGUUUAUGAACUCCCCUUCUUUGGUGAUUAUUGGCUUUCCUACCUCCUUCAGAAUCUACUAUGAAAAGAACAGCAGUUCAACUCUCAGAGUAUUGCAUGUGGCCAUGGGUAGGAGGGACUUGUCUUAGUCCAUUCUGGCUGCUGUAACAAAAAUACCAUAGACUGGGUGGCUUAUAAACAACAAACAUUUAUUUCUCACAGUUCUGGAGUCUAGGAAUUGCAAGAUCAGGGCACUGGCACAUUUGGUGUCUGGUAAGGGGCUCUCUUUUUCACUGUGUCCUCACAUGGCAGGAAAGGCACCAGGGAUCUCUAUGGGGCCUCUGUCAUAAGGGCACUAAUCCCUAAUCACCUCCCAAAGGCCCCACCCCCAAACAUCAUCACAUAGGAGAUUAGUUUUCACCAUAUGAAUUAGGAGUGGGUGGGGGGAGCAGACAUAGUCUAUAGCAGAACUCUUUGAAGAAGCAGCAAGGAUGACAGACAAGUUUGGGUAAUGGUUUCAAUAGACACCCUAUGUGAAUAUAUAUUCAUUUACUCAUCCACUCAUUCAGUGAAAUGCAUUUGAGAUUUCUCGCUGCACUAAGGCAUGGUAUUAAUUGUCUAAAAAUAGAGGGCUUCCCUGGUGGCACAGUGGUUGAGAAUCUGCCUGCCAAUGCAGGGGACACGGGUUCGAGCCGUGGUCCAGGAAGAUCCCACAUGCCUCGGAGCAACUAAGCCCGUGAGCCACAACUACUGAGCCUGCGCUCUAGAGCCUGCAAGCCACAACUACUGAAGCCCGCGUGCCACAACUACUGAAGCCUGUGCACCUAGAGCCCGUGCUCUGCAACAAGAGAAGCCACAGCAAUGAGAAGCCCUCACACUGCAACUAAGAGUAGCCCCCACUUGCCGCAACUAGAGAAAGCCCAUGCGCAGCAAUGAAGACCCCAUGCCCCAUGCAGCCAA